GAAGCGGCGGGGCGCUAAGAUGGCGGCGGCGGCGGCGUGAGUUGCAUGUUGUGGGGCUGCCGAGCGCGCCGGGGAGAAGCGUCCGCCCCGCCCCCCCCGCCAUGGCGGUGACCGUCACCCUCAAGACGCUGCAGCAGCAAACCUUCAAGAUCCGCAUGGAGCCCGAGGAGACGGUGCGGGUCCUCAAGGAGAAGAUUGAGGCCGAGAAAGGCAAGGAGGCCUUCCCCGUGUCGGGCCAGAAGCUGAUCUACGCCGGCAAGAUCCUGAGCGACGACGUCGCCAUCAAGGAGUACAAGAUCGACGAGAAGAACUUCGUGGUGGUCAUGGUGACCAAGACCAAAUCCAACUCGGGUGUCCCGGCCCCCUCACCUGGUGAUGCUGGGCCAGUCAGCGCCCCAGAGCCAACCCCAUCGGUGGGGCAGUCGCCGGCACCCACAGCCAGUGCUGAUGCUGUCCUGCCCCCAGCGCCCACGGCGCCAAGCGAGGAGAAGCCUCCAGAGGAGCCAGCUGCUGUCACGCUGCCCGAAUCCACUGCCAGCUCUGUUCCCUCUUCAGGUAGCGUGGGGCGCCCAGACGACGCGGCUUCCACCCUGGUGACCGGCUCAGAGUACGAGACGAUGCUGACCGAGAUCAUGUCCAUGGGAUAUGAGCGGGAGCGGGUGGUGGCCGCGCUCCGGGCCAGCUACAACAACCCCCACCGAGCCGUGGAGUACCUGCUGACGGGCAUCCCGGGCACUUCUGAGCCGGAGAGAGCCCCGAUCCAGGAGAGCCAACCCACAGAGCAGCCAGCACCAGAAGGUGAGAACCCGCUGGAGUUCCUGAGAGACCAGCCCCAGUUCCAGAACAUGCGACAGGUGAUCCAGCAGAACCCAGCCCUGCUCCCGGCCCUGCUCCAGCAGCUGGGCCAGGAGAACCCCCAGCUACUGCAGCAAAUCAGCCAGCACCAAGAGCAGUUCAUCCAGAUGCUGAACGAGCCGCUGGGCGAGAUGGCCGACAUCUCUGACAUCGAGGGGGAGAUCGGGGCCAUCGGAGAGGAAGCUCCCCAGAUGAACUACAUCCAGGUCACGCCUCAGGAAAAAGAAGCCAUAGAAAGGUUAAAGGCCUUAGGAUUCCCGGAAAGUCUGGUCAUCCAGGCUUACUUUGCUUGUGAGAAGAACGAAAACCUGGCUGCCAAUUUCCUGCUGAGUCAGAACUUCGAUGACGAGUGAUGGAAGAAAAAAUUUUAUAUAUAAAAAAAAUUCUCUCUAUAUCUAUUCCUGUCUAUUUAAGGGGUAUGUGGGAGAGACCCCAAAUCCCCCCCAACCUGCCCCCAGUCAGACAAACUUACAUCUAGAUUUGACCAGCCUGGGCUUCUGGCUCGAGGAAAUGCUCUUUUCUCCCCUCCCCAUGGAACUGGACAGCUGGGGAUCAGCAACAGAACCAGCUCCUAGUCCCAGUCCCCCUCCCCCCGGCACCUGUGCUGUGGGUGAAUUCAGCUGCACCCCUCUCCUGCACGGUGCUGGCUCUGGGGCGGGGAGAAGGGAUUUGGGGCUGGUAAGAGGAGGGGUCUGUGGCCUCCUCUCCCAGCCCAGUCCAGAACUUGUGUGCAGAGAGAUUGCUUUGUUGUUGAGAGGUACUCGGCUUCCAUUCAUCACCCACUAGCCGAGUGUUACUCUCCUUUAAUGUCGCUUCCCCAGUCCCGGUUUCUGCCACUGUCCAGCCAACAGCCAGUGUUAGACCCUGUCUAAUCCCCUUCAAACCUCACAGAUCACAGGGGGUCCACCCCAGUCCCCAGCCUUUUGGGUUAGUGGUUGGUUUUGCCUGCAUAGAUGAGGCUAAACCAUGUUGCUAGUCUGGAUUCACGCUGAACAGAGCAUGGAUCCCUGUUCCUAGACUAGGCCGUGUUUAAACCCACCGCCCUCCGCUAGCAGUUAUCUCCAGCUCCCUUUUAAACUCUUGGGUACGGCUUGGUGAUCAGGGAGCUUUGAGAACUGGCUUCCUGUGAGCCUGACCUCUUUCUAAGACUCCAGCUGCUCUGCGAGGUGUGCAGAAGGCGAGGUGUGGGUGCUGCCUUUGAACAGGCCGUGCUGAGCCAGGCCAGGGCCGUUGUGAAAACACAGUGCUGAAGCCAUGCUGCCAGCGAGAGCAGGGUUUGAUGCUCUGAGUCAGAGCCCGUGCGGUGUUUAGCCCUCCGACCUCGGUGCCUGGGCUGUGCCGAGGGGGAUGGAAAGCCAUUAAAACCCUGCCUACCCUUGAAGAAUCUUUUUUAAAUUACCUGUUUGAAAAGUGCUGCAGAUCAGUCACUUCCUCAGCUUGUUUUAAACCCUGUUUCCAAUUCUGUUGUAGUUUUAAGGGAACCAAAAAAUAGGGUGUCUCUUUAACCUUGAUUUUCUCCUCAUUGUGGGAUUUAAAAAAUACAGAUUUAUUAGAUCAAAGUCUAUUUAUUUGAAACAGGGCAACUUUUACCCCGGUAAUUUAAAAAUCUGCUUCCACUCCCCUUGAAAAGCAGACGUACUCUGACCCACCUCCAAAAAGAUCAGAUUAAAAUCCACCAUCAUCCCACCUCCUCCCUGCUAUUUUAAUGCCAAUGAGAUGGUGUAAACAAACGCCUGAAAUGCCCAAUUUGCACGUGGAUCUAAACAUCCCCGCAGCUCUGGUGUAUUCUGGCUUGGCUGACUUUUCUAGAUCAUCACACCCGUUUCCUUCUCUGGUUCAUGCCCCCAAAACCGUGACACCCCCUUGAAGUAGCUCCUGAUUUUUCUGAACCAUUCUGUUACGUACGAAUCCUGCCUUGGGCUCGCUUUCCCCAGCGUGCAGUUGCAAAGAGAACAGAGUAUUUGCCUCUAAAGUAAGUCCUGAAGCCAUAAAUAACUUGAUAUUGAAUAAAUUCCAUGAUACUGCAGGGUAGCUGUGACUGAUGCUCUGCUGAACUAAGCCUGUUUGACUUUAAGGGGGUGGGAACAUGGGUUCCAAAGUGGAUGGGGACAAGAGUUUGAUAGGCCCACAUUCUUAGCUAAGCCUCAAGUGAAUAGUAUCUAUUGGUUCGAUCCAGGCCUUGCCUUGUGGCCACAGUUCCAUCUUAAAGGAGCAGUGUCCUAGCAUUUGCGGUUUAUUUUGAGGUUGGUUUGUUUUCUUGGUUGUACUUAUAAAUGUUCCUAACCA